CGAGAAUCGCUAGGAGAGGGUAGUGCGCAUUUUCCGGCUCAAAUCUGCGGAAGAAGAUGUGGUUGAGCUAUGGGAAUUAAAGCGGGUGAGACCCAGAUUCGUUGCAUGGCGGGUGAAGUAUGCAACUCGGCGGUUACAUACAAUGCUUUUAUGCUACAGGCAGUGGCAUUAUACAGGAAAUACGGCUCCCCAGUGGAUAAAAGGCAACAUGUCAAGUACACACUUCCUGCUCACAAAGCGUCAUUGACCUUUCGUCAUGUCGGUCGAGAUAGAGCCGCUACCAGACAAGACAAGGCAUCCGGGCGGAGAUGACCAUUCAAACAAC